AUGACACAAGGACACAUGUUUCGGAGGUUACCUGGAAUUGGGUUGCGUCACUAUGAGCCUCCAUCUCUUCCGCGGCUGCUGCUGGAGAUAUGCUUUGCCUCGCCAAUCUUGGUGCCUGAUCUCCCACUGUGGGCUUUGGGUGUAUUGGAGGAUGAUAUAUUGUUUCAGUCAACCAUUCCCGAGGCUGCGGAUAUGAGCAUGGCCAUUGUCUAUGCUAUAUUUGGUGUGUGCUCUGUGCUGGGGAACAGCAUGCUCCUGUACGUCUCCUAUAAGAAGAAGCAUCUCCUCAAGCCGGCUGAGUUCUUCAUCGUCAACCUGGCCGUCAGUGACUUGGGGCUGACCAUCUCCCUCUACCCCUGGGCCAUCAUGUCCAGCAUCUUUCACAGGUGGUUGUUUGGGAAGACUGCCUGUUUGAUCUACGCUUUCUGUGGCCUUCUGUUCGGAAUAUGCAGUCUGACCACUCUGACCUUGCUCAGCAUGGUGUGCUUCAUGAAAGUGUGCUACCCUCUGUACGGUAACCGAUUCCGCCCGGUCCACGGCCGUCUGCUGGUGGCGUGCGCCUGGCUGUACGCGCUGGCCUUCGCCGGCUGCCCGCUGGCCCACUGGGGCGAGUACGGCCCGGAGCCCUACGGCACGGCCUGCUGCAUCGACCUGCGCCUCUCCAACCUGCAGCUGGCCGCCCGCUCCUACACGCUGGUGCUCUUCGUCAGCUGCUACCUGGUGCCCUGCGCCAUCAUUGUGGCGUCCUACGUCAGCAUCCUGGUCACCGUGUGCACCACCAAGAGGGCCAUGGAGCGCCACGUUCCCAUGGUCACGCGCAUGAGCAACAUCCAGGCCAUCAUCGUCAAGCUCAGUGUGGCGGUGUGCAUCGGUUUCUUCGCUGCCUGGAGCCCCUAUGCCGUGGUGUCCAUGUGGGCCGCGUUCGGCCACCUCGACAACAUCCCGCCGCUGGCCUUCGCCGUGCCCGCCAUGUUCGCCAAGUCCUCCACCAUCUACAACCCCCUGGUGUACAUGCUGCUGCGCCCCACCUUCCGCAAGGUCAUGUGGCGUGACCUUGGCCUGCUGCGACGCACCUGCCUGCAGGGCUGCUGCUGCUGCUGUGCUCGCCCCCUAUGCCCGACCGCCAUUACUGCGGGACCCUCGGGACCUUCCAAGCCGCCGGUCCCGGAGGUUGCCAUAGUACCGCUGAGGAGGACGAGGAGGCAGGACACGCUGACGCGGCUGGCGGCUCACGCGGAAGUGGCGCUCCAGGGAGGGGCCGCGAGGGAGGCAGAGGUGAGGCCGGUAAUGGUGGGCAGGGCUGGUAGUUUGUGUGGCGACGCUUACGAGUGCUUCCGCCACUACCCCAGGGCCUGCUGUUCUCACCCUCACCAUGCGGAGGCGCCGUGCGGGCCGUGCCUGGCUCAGGACAAAGUCACCGCCGUGCCCUCUGACCUCGCCACGGAAAGGAAGACUCCGAGAUUGCCUUGCCUCAGGGGGGCGCUGCGUGAAAGGACACAGCAGGACGUCGCUAACUUGGAGUUUGACGUCGAAACUGUGCCGGGACAUGUGAAAGUGGCAUGGCCCUGAAGCGAUAUGAUUGAUUUACUGUAUGUUAACGGGGCAUUCGUCAUCAAAAGAGUUCAGUUUAAACUCUGCCUACAAUGACUGACCUGGAUGAAUGAGAAUCUUCACAGACAUGAUACGCUAUCGUUGUAUUCUGGAUUGUUGCGCUGACUCACCGUACAGGGUGAACCAAUAGGCACACACAUGCUUGUUUGUGUUCUGCAGCUUGUUUUUUUCACUGCGGUGAGAGGCAGGUUGAGGUGGAAUUUUCUGCGUUCCAGAAUCCAACAGUCAGAAUCCAACAGUCCUGCUCUCAAUUCAUUCUACCUAUGCACUAAACAGGUGACUAUACUAAGUAGCUCGUUGGCCUGGUGUUAUGCACAUUUAAACAAAUGAGUUGGGGUAGUGUUAGUGAACGGCUGUAGCAAGUUGAAAUGCGAUGGUCUGCAAUGGAUUUCUCACGUCAACCAGAAUUUUCAAUCAUACACAUGUAGUAUUGAAGCGCCGCAGUGAUGUACUACAAUUUGUAAACAGGGAGGUGAUUGCAAUGGAGGGAUGUCAACCUACUCUGCAUAUUCCUCAGUAACCUCAGAGGUCUUGUCAGCUGUACAAGUGUAAAUAGCAGUAUCUGACACUGACAUAAUCUCCCAUACUUUGUCAGACAUUAACCGAUUGUGUGACCUCUCACCUGCGUCAGAAACGGUGCGUAACUCCGGUGAAUGUUAAAGGGACACUGUGCAGGAAAUGGUCAAAAAAGGUACUGCAACUAUUCUGCUCAUUGCAACUGGGCUGCUAAUAAACAAAUAUUUUCUAGUAUGGUCCAAGUACAGUCAUUUUUGCAGCUAAAAAUGGCUAUUUUUGGAAAUU